AUGGACAUGAGAUCUUUUGUUGGUGUUUUUGUUCUCCUUAUUAACUUAACUUCACUUUUGCCGAAAUGUUGCGGAACGUCCCAAGAUGAUUUAAAGACUUACAUUGUCUAUAUGGGCCACAAAAAGAAUAAUAAAAUUUCUCCAUCAUUCCUUCUACAAGAAGUUGCUAGCAGCAACCCAAUGCUGCCCAGGAAAGUCAUCGCACACUACAAUCGUAGUUUUAGUGGAUUUGUUGCAGAGUUAACAGAGGAUGAAGCUAUUAAAAUAGCUGGAUAUGAUGGAGUCGUGUCUGUCUUUUCCAGUGAGAAAAGACAGCUAUUGACCACAAGAUCAUGGGAUUUUAUUGGCUUACCACAAGAUGUAGAAAGAGCACAAUAUGAAUCUGAUAUUAUUAUUGGUGUAAUCGAUUCUGGCAUUUGGCCAGAAUCUGACAGCUUCAAUGAUGAAGGGAUGAGCUCACCCCCUAGCAAGUGGAAAGGCACUUGUCAAGCUAUUGAUUUCUGCAACAAUAAACUGAUUGGAGCGAGAUAUUACAAACGCUCAUUUGGAAAAGACUUUUUUGAAAAAAAUAUGUUUUCUCCAAGAGACAUAGCUGGUCAUGGAACCCAUAUUGCAUCCAUAGCGGCAGGCAACCUAGUUAGAAUGGCAAGUAUGUUAGGACUUGGCCAGGGAACUAUAAGAGGUGGAGCUUCAUCGGCACGGAUUGCGGUUUAUAAAGCAUGCUGGAGUGAUGGAUGUGAUGAUGUGGACAUCCUCCAUGCAUUUAAUGAUGCUAUUGCCGAUGGAGUUGAUAUUAUAUCUGUUUCGGUGGGAGGAAAAAUAAAUGAAAAUAUAUAUAUGGAAGAUGGAUUAACAAUUGGAUCAUUCCAUGCAAUGCAACACGGGAUACUAACUGUGUUUGCAGGUGGAAAUUCAGGUCCAAAUCGUUCAUCCAUAAUGAAUGUUUCACCUUGGGCAAUGUCUGUGGCUGCAAGCACCAUAGACAGAAAAUUUGUCACAAAAGUGAAAUUAGGAAAUAACAGAAUCUCUGAGGGUACCUCCUUGAAUACGUUUGAUUUGGAGGGGAAAUUGUACCCAAUUAUCUAUAGCGGAGAUGCACCCAACAAGAAAGCCGGCUUUGAUAAACAUUCAUCCAGAAAUUGCUCAUCCAAUUCAUUGGAUGAUAAUUUGGUAAAAGGAAAAAUUGUCUUGUGUGAAGGAAAUAGAGGAGCCUCUGAGGCCUUGAGAGCAGGUGCUGUUGGUGUCCUCAUACAAGGAACAAUUUCUACAAAUGUUGCCUACAAUCAUCCUUUGCCUACAUGUUACCUUUACUGGAAGGAUGCCACCCAUAUACGCAAGUACAUACACUUGAGAAAGACUCCAACUGCAACUAUACUAAAGACCGAGGAGUUAACAGAUACUUUGGCACCUGAGGUGGCAUAUUUCUCAUCAAGAGGACCAAACAACAUUACACUCGAGAUUCUCAAGCCCGAUGUAAUUGGUCCUGGAGUUGACAUUAUUGCUAGUUGGUCUCCAGUUGCACUUUCUAAUACUUCCGGUGAGAAUAGAACAUUAGCAUUCAACAUUGAGUCGGGUACAUCGAUGGCAUGUCCGCAUGUAUCUGGUGCGGCGGGAUAUGUCAAAUCUUUCUGGCCUACAUGGUCACCCGCUGCUAUUCAUUCAGCGCUUAUGACAACGGCCAAACAAGCCAGUCUUGCAAAUAACCACGAUGCAGAGUUUGCGUACGGGGCCGGCCAAAUUGACCCUAUGAAGGCUGUGAAUCCUGGCUUAGUAUAUGAUGCGGUUGAAGAAGACUAUAUCAAUUUUUUAUGUGGGCAGGGCUAUAACAGCACAACUCUAAAAUUAAUCUCAGGGCAUGACAACAGUUGUUCUGGUGAAAUAUAUCCAACUGCUAGGGAUUUAAAUUAUCCCUCCUUUGCACUCAAAGCCCCACACCCAAAACAACAUGUUAAUGGAAGCUUCCUCAGAACGGUUACAAAUGUUGGAUCAGCUAGGUCUACAUACAAGGCAAUUGUAACUGCUCCCAAAGGAUUCAAUAUUAUAGUGAAGCCUAAUGUUUUGUCCUUCAAGUCAGUAGGAGAAAGACAAACAUUUACUGUCACUAUAUAUGGAAAAAUGAAGAAAUCCAUCGGGUCAGCUUCUCUUGUGUGGGAUGAUGGUGAAUUUCAAGUGAGGAGUCCCAUUAUCAUAUUUGAUGAACGAGCAGAGACUGGUGCUGGCAUCAAUUUAUAUUGUAUUAGUUACAUAUAUGUUGCACUUUUUUAUUUACUUUUUUAUAUUAUUGUUAUUCAAUAA